GCAUCAGACGACAAUCUACAGUCAUGGCAAUCCUAAGAAUUCUCCUCUUGGUCGUGGUCACCACCUCGUCAGCAUGGGCGGGCUGCACCAUCUCGAAAGACGUCAAAGGGACGUCCACCGUCGUCUUUACAUUGUCACCCACCCCAACCGAAGUCAUUAAUCAGCUCGGCAUGAGCAACAUGCUCUCCCCUGUCGCACUAAUUGACAAACUUCAAAGCUACUCUGAUACGGCGAAUUCUCUCAUGAAAACCGUUACAGAUAAGAUGAAGGCCCUCAACCCAUUCGGCUCACUCCUCCCCAUUCCAGAAUGUCGGUAUUACUGGAUUUCGAACCAAUUGUUUUGCGACAAUGUCAACUCUGCCAUUAUCGCCCCAAUCUGCGGCAUGUUUACAACAAUUACGAACGUGACCAACCCCAUCAGUCUACCACUGCCUCAGUUAGACUCGAUCCCACUGACUUGCGAGAAUGAUCUCGAUGGGCGUCCCUGGGGCUUGGAAAAAAUUCAGGCACCAGAAACUUGGGCACUUGGCUACAAUGGAACUGGAGUGGUCGUCGCCAACAUUGACACCGGCGUGCGUUACACCCAUGUUGAACUUCGCGACAAUAUGCGUCCCUUCUUCAACUGGUUUGACCCCUACAAUUUCUCCACAAACGUGCCCAGCGACACGAACGGUCACGGUUCCCACACCAUGGGAACGAUGGUCGGAAAGAAUGUCGGUGUGGCUCCUGGCGCCACUUGGAUUGCUUGUCGAGGUUGUGGCACUGCUUCGUGCGAUAACGAGCAACUCCUCGCCUGCGGACAAUUCUUAUCUUGCCCCGAUAACAAGACCCAGUCCUGCUCUACCCGCCCCGACGUGAUCAACAACAGCUGGGGUGGCGGGAUCGGAAACACUUUUUAUCUCGGCGUUCUCUCGGUUUGGAAGGCUAUGGGGAUUUCGUUCUUCUUCUCGUCGGGUAACUCUGGACCGGCCUGUUCCACCGUGAUGUCCCCGGCAGACAGCAACUAUACGAAAUACGGUCAUUUGUCGGUAGGGUCGACCGCUUGCAAUGACAAGAUUGCUUCGUACUCGUCCACCGGACCAUCGCAGGCGGCCGAUUACAUGGCCGGACUCGGAGUUCAAAUCGUCGUCCCGGGAAGUAACGUUCGUUCCGCUUGGAACACGUCGGACACCGCGUACAAUACGAUUUCCGGUACUAGCAUGGCAAGCCCGCAUUCGACGGGAGCGGGGGCGGUGAUUUUGUCGAAAAAUAAGGCUCUCACUCCAGAACAGGUGUAUGCUGCGAUGAUGAGUACGGCCUAUAGGGACCCUGCCAUUACUAAUUCGGCAGCUUACUGUACCAGCAGUUCGGCUGAUCUGUCUGGAUAUCCAAACAAUGUGUAUGGAUAUGGACGCGUUAAUCUGUUGGAGGCUGUAAAGGUGGUGUAAAAUUUUGAUGUUAAAAGAAUUUCGAUAUUAUCCGGAAAAUUUUUGAAUUUGACCAAUUAAUCUAUGCAAAUAAAUAAAAUGUCAAAAAAUUGA